AUGCAGUUCUCGCUUCCUAUCCUCACAGCUCUUUUGCUCAUCUCUCAGGAGGUUGUCGCCAUGCCAGUUAAUAUCAAAAGAGCCAAUGAAAUCAGCGCUGAAAAUUCAAACACUGGUUCGGCUGUUGCUGGUACUAUUGUCAACACCGCUGGGAGUGCGGUUUCCGGUGGUUCUGGCGCCGCUGCUGACAAUUCCAAGGCAGAGACUGCAAAAACUGACUCAAAGACUAUGACCACCGAAGCAGAAACUGCGAAAGUUAACCCAAAGACCGUCGCGACUGAACCAAUUGCUUCUGAUCUGACUGCUGCCAAGACUGGUCUUUUGGAAAGCGUUAAAAACGGUUGGCAAAAGUUGGGCAAACUUGGUAAGUUUGGGGUGGUAGCAGGUGGUGCUGCAGCUGCCGUAUAUGCUGGUGAUAAGGUUUAUGGUUGGGUUAAAGACAAGCACAGUGUCAAUGGAACCACCACUGCCAGUGCCAGUGUCACUCACGUUGCCCAAACUGUCAUUGCUACUCCAGUCGUCACCAAAGCUGCCUAG